CAACCCAUGUGAGAAACACAUUGUGAAAGGCUUAAGAGAGAAAGUGAGGCUUCUUGAAAAGGAAGUGAAUGAAGUAAAGUCCAUGAGAGAGAAUGAGAGCCAAGCUUAUGAGAAAGAGAUGGUGGUUCAUGCAUUUAAGGAGGCAGAGUGGAAGAGAGAGAGGAAGAGGUUGAGGGAGCAGGUGAAGAAGCUGAGGAAGAAGUUGGAGGAGAGAGAAGAAGAAGAAGAAGAAGAAGAAGAAGAAGAAGAAGAAGAAGAAGAAGAGGAGGAGAUAAGGGUUAGAUUAGGAGGAGGAAUGGGAGAUGAUGGUGGUAGGGUGGUGGUGUUGGGAGGAGAGAGAGCUGAGAAAGAUCACUACUACUUGGAUUGGCUGCCGCCGCCGCCACCACCACCGUUGGUGGCCGCGGGGACGGCGGCAAGUUACUUCGUGGAGAAAAUGAGGGAGGAGAGAGCAAGUAGAGAUGAGGCGGUGGAGAAGUGGAAGAAGCUAUACCUUGCCAUCAAGAUUGAGCUUGACGACCUUAUUCAAAGGACACACCAAGGAGAAAGAUUGUAUUGGAGAGAGGAAGAAGAAGAUUUAAUGGAGAAAUUACAGCGAGAAUUGAAAAUCAAGGAAGAAACUAUUGAGCUUCUGAAAGCACGAUUAGCGUUGAUGGAGCAAGAAGAAUCCAAUAGGGAGCGAGAGGUGGACAUUCUAAGGCAGAGUUUGAAAAUCAUGAGCUACAAGAAGAAAUCGACAGUGUUUUGCCAAGAGCCUCCCAAGAAGCUUGCUUUUGUAAAACGCGCACAUAUGCGAGGAAUUUAAUAUGCUUGGUACAUUGUAAAUUACUAAUAUAAAUUAAACAUAAUUCUGUAUGCUUAACAUUUUCCUAUAAAUAAUAUAAUGCAAUAUAGAAUCUGCUUGUAAGGCUC